AUGGAGUUGGGAAGGUUGCGCGAUAGCGAUGGGAGAGUGCUGAAGCCGAAUGUGGAUCAUGGUGUGCUCAAAGAUUACAUGCGCCAAAACGUUUCCUCUACUAUAAACACGCAGCUUGUCGGGGGGCAAGACAAACACCUUCUAUAUCGAACGUUGGGAAUAGACGCCGUGCAGCGGCGACAGUUACGGGCUAUGCUUAGUGAUUUUGACCACGCCUAUCGUCAAACUGCGUUUCAUGUUAUGAUGUUAUACCCCUACACGGACUGGGUGCACGUGCUCUACAUGGUUUUGGCGGGCCUGGCACUUUAUAAUUUGCAGUCAUGCUGCGGGGCGUAUGAAUUUUACGAUGAAUACCUUGGACUUGAUUUGAGACAGAUGCCUAGGCUAAAGAAGCCGUUUUUGGCGGGCGUCACUGUCUCAUCCUCUGCUUGUGGCGAGUAUAGCAACCACGCGGCUUUACCGCAAUUUUUAUGCGGCGGCCUAUUCCCCCCGUGA